AUGACGAUCCCCUCCUCGGUGAAGCUCCGAUACACAUCAUCCCAACGAGAAAUUCAACUUCCGGACCGUCUCAGCCAUUCACAGGGCCUGCUGCAUCAUCGAUAUGCGCCCCAUGCGGCGGCUUGGUUGGAUGUUGGGGUGCACCGACUAGAGGUCGGGGAAGCGUCAAGGGCGAGUCCGGGGGGGAAACAGUCUGGAUCUAACUCGACAAGUGUCGAGAUGCAGACUAUCUGCUGCCCCAAACUCAUCCCCGGACUGAGCGGCAUCAAGCGGAUAGCGGCACAAGCGAGAGGGGGUUGCGCCUCUGCUACAGGAGGGCCACAAUGGGACGAUCCCCUCCUAGAGGCAGCCAACAAACCAAGGAACCUCGUCGAGACGCAGUCUGGCCCUCUGGUCUCGUCAGGCUCUAGACACUUGGCGAUGCCGAUGCAAGAACGCCAAAAACCCAAUAGCGGUUACAUUUGCCUCCAUCGCGUUGCGCUGAGGCCGUCCACACACACCGGCUUCAUGAACGCCGGUGGCGACGCUAUGGAGAAGCGGGUUUUGCCUUUGUUGGAAAAUCUUGUCUGA